AUGCCUGAUGCGUUGACAGUUGAUGAGUUUAUUGGUGACACUCUGAAUGACGUCAGACAUCCUCUCAAAUCCGAUUUUAUUUCAAAAAUUUCAAGUGUGAGGUGUACAGUAUACAGCCUAGAUGAGGGUUUAGAGACAGAUCGAAAUGUUCUUAUACGAUCAAAAAAAUUAGUAAAGUCAGUUGUCGCCUCUGGAAUAGCAUAUGCUGAACAAAUAACAUUAUUAUGUGACUUUUUAGAAAGACUUGGUCAAAUAGCUUUGGAAGGUAACGAACCCAAUGGGAAUGACAUUGCUACCAGUCUUUGCAAGUUCUCUGUUGUUCACCGGGACUUGGCCAACAUGACAAAGCAUUUGAUGCAGAAUUUAAACAGUAUCGUAGUAUUUCCAAUGGAAACAUUUAUGCAGGGUGAUAUCAAAAGCGACCUCAAGAAACCCUUCGAGAAGGCACUUAAGGAUUAUGAAUAUAAAUAUGAUAAAUUACGGAAGGAAAAAUUACAAACAAUGAAGGAAACAGGAUGCUAUGCUCCUGAAGCAUUUACAGAAGGAAUGACGAAAGAUUUAGAGAAAGAACGUCGAAGGCUUCAACUUGAAACUUGUGAAUAUCUGAUCAAGGUGAAUGAAUUAAAAGCAAAGCGUGGCGCUGAUCUCCUGCAGCAUUUAAUUGAUUUCUUCUAUGUUCAAACCCAUUACUUACGUGAAUGCUUAGGUGUGAUGGAUCAUUUUGGAAAAUCAAUGAAUGAUUUAUCUAAUCGAGUAAAUGAAUUACACAAAAUUAAUGAUAUACAAAAACGUCGUCUUGUCGAUACUCGAGAAGAAGUCAAGGGAGUUUUAGAUAAAGAGUGUGAUUCGAUUCGUCGGAAAUCUCGUCUAUUCGGACAGUCAGUACAAACUGGUGUCACGUAUGCAGCACAACCAACUCCAUUGAAUCGAGCAUUUGGAACUAAAAAAAGUGGAUUUCUAUUGAAAAAAUCAGAUGGAAAGGUUAAACGUGUUUGGCAACGUCGUCGUGUACACAUUGCUGAUGGGGAAUUAUGUUUGUAUCAUGCAGAUGAAAGUAAACCACCUGUACGCCUAACUUUACUCACUUGUCAAGUUAAAUUACCUACGGAAUCUAUGGAUAAUGAUUCAAUCUUAAAUCAUAGUACUGGGGGUGGUAGUAGUAGUGGUGGUGGUGGUAAUCAACACUCGACAACUUCAGAAGGAAAACUUUACUUUGAUCUUGUCUCAAAUAGUCGAACAUAUAACUUCCAAGCAGAAGAUGAACAAGAAUACGAAGAAUGGAUAAGUAUUUUAAAUAAUGCUAUGCAAGAAGAAUUUAACAAAGCAAUGAAUGGUGAAAACUAUACAAAUUCACAAUGUGAUCUGUCUGAAACAACACUGAAUUUAUCAUCGAAUCGUCCCAUGAGCACUAAUAAAUGUAAUAUUACUAAUGGUGAUAGCUUGGCUGCCGAUAUGGAUUUAGUCUAUUCAACUUUAACUGGUCAAGGUAAUAGUCCUAUGAAUAAUAAUCCCUCGAAACAUGUGAAAUCUGAUAGUUUUGGGGAUAGUCUACCAGGAAGUGAAAAUGAUUUGUUAGAUUCUAGUGGUUCACAAAUUAGUCGUUCACGUGAAAGUCACUUAGACAGUGCAGAUGCUUUCUCAACAGAUGGUAUUAAUGUGACUGAGUCUAAAGGGCGUCCAUCAAAAUCAUUAAUUCAAUCUUCUUUACGAUUCUGUGCACCUGGUAAUGAAGUUUGCGCUGAUUGUGGUCGGCCUGAUCCUGAAUGGGUUAGUGUAAAUCUAGGUAUAUUAAUUUGUUUGGAAUGUUGUGGUGCACAUCGAGAAUUAGGUGUACACCAUUCACGUACUCAAUCAUUAUUGAUGGAUGAAUUAUCGACUAAUCAACUAUUGUUACCUCGAUUCAUCGGGAAUCAACUGUUUAAUAGUGUAUAUGAGUCUAGUUUGCCUGCAGAAAGUAAACCGAACGCUAUAGAUUCUGUUACAGACCCAACUGAUGGGAUGACACAAAGACGUAAUUUUAUUAAAUCAAAAUAUGUUGAUCGACGUUUUAUAACGAAAACAACAUCGGAUUCAUUAAUUGUAACAUCGAAUUCAUUAGAUUAUAAUACGAACAAUAAUAAAUCUUUCUCAGAUGAUAUUUCAACUACUCGUGAUCCUAUUGCAGAACGAUUCUUAAGACGUGAUCUGUUAAGAGCAGUAAAAACCGGUAAUUUAUCAUUACUUAUUCAGGUAUUUGCUGAACGACUAGAUCUUAUGACACCAUUUCAACCAGAAGAUAAUGAUGAUGAUUCUUAUUCACUUUUGCCUGGAACAACUGCAUUACAUAUAGCUGUUGAGAAAACUAGUAAAUUUUUAAUAAAAUCCAAAUCAAAUUAUUUUUAUGGAAACAAAGUUAAUAUAUCCGAUUUAAGUGAACAACAACAACAAAUAACUGAAUCAUUUUUAAAUUUUGAUAAUAGUAGUAAUCGUCAAGCAACAACAUGGAGUGUAAUUGAUAAUCAUGAAUUUGAAAAAUCACCACAUAAUAAUUUACCAUUAGUGGAAUUCAUCUUACAAAAUUCUUCAUCAGGUAGUUUAAAACGUGCCAAUAAAUUGGGUGAUACAGCAUUGCAUCAUGCCGCUCGUUAUGGUUGUGUGGAUGCAUUAAAAUUAAUUGUUCAAGCUGGUGGGAUUCCAACACCAAUACUCCAAUUAACUAAUCAUAAUGGUCAAACAGCAUUAGAUAUUGUAGAAAAUGCAAUAUUACAAUACAAAUUAAAUACUACUACUGCUAAUAAUAAUAAUAUAUUGUUAUUAGAUGCAUAUAAAAAUUGUCAACAUAUUCUUAAACUAGCUGAUUUGAUUGCAUCUAAUAUCUCAUGUAAAAAUAAUUGUUUAAUUACUGAUUCUAUUGGUUCAUUAUUUUCUAAUACAAAUGGAUCUAUUGAUAAAUUAUCAAAUUAUCGUAAUAAUUUAAUAGAAUUAUUAAAUCAAUUAAAUUCAAUCAAUUGGUAUCCAUUAAAUAUCUCAUCAACAAUAACAUCAUCAGCAACAACAGCAUCAGCAUCAACAACAACAUCAUCGACAUCAUUGACAACAUCAAUAGUUCAAUUAAUAAAUAAUGAAAAAAAUCAUUAUUUAUAUAAAGAGAAUAUAGAUAAAAAGAUAACAACAAUGAAUACAAAUACAUUGGUUACAGCUAGUACACCAAGUAUUACAAAUGUACCUAUUUCAAAUAAAUUAGAAACAUCUCAUAAUAAUAAUGAUCAAUUAGGAACAUUUUCAUUAUCUCCUAUAAUGAAAUGUGUUAAUCAAUUGAUUUCUACUCGUAAUCCAUGUGAAUCGUAUACACAGAAACCAAAUUCAACUGGAAAACAAAUAACUUUUGAUGAAAAUAUAUUUACUAGAGGUAACAAUGUCACACCAUCUUCAUUAAAUAAACCUACACGAUCUUACAGUCAACACUCACCUUCAAUUCAUUAUGGUAGUGCACUGGCGACACUACCACGCAAAAAAGGUCCCGCACCUCGUCCGCCAUCUGUAGAUGAUCAAAUGAAUGAUCGGGGUGGAAUGCCAAUUAACAGUACUGGUUUUUGGAGUACUUUCAAUCGGUUGGAUAAUAGUGGUACAUCAUGUUCCUCGACUGAUCAUGAUAAAUCAUUGCCUAGUGAUCAUAUUGACAUAAUUUUGGAUGUCUUGGAGGAGAAGCCAAUAAUUUCUGAAUCCCUCAAUACUUCUAGUCCUAUCACGGCUACUAAUAAAACUGGCACAAUGUCUUCAACAAUGAAAAACUCUUGUAUUCCUAUUACUACUUCUAUUAUCAACACAUCCCCUGCAAUUCCACCUAAGCCAAGUUAUUUAUCUAAUGCAAUUUAUUCAACUUUACCUAAUCGAAGUUCACAUCUGAAUAGAAACAGUUCUGUUUUAGUUUCUUCAAAUUUACCUGUCCUCUAUGAUUCUUCCUUCACGGAAUCAUCCCCAGAUGCUUUAGUAUCAACCAAAGAAGUUCAAAUAUCAACAAUGAAUCCAUCUAGUCAUUUAGUUGAUUCUUCAAAAUAUUCUUUAUCACAACAUACAAAUGAUAAACAUGAUCCCAGUCUUUAUUCAACAUCAUCAUUAAAAUGUAUUCAAAGUUCAAAUAAUUUAUCAAUAUUAAAUUGUAAAAUAGGUGAUCUAUUAGAAGCUUUAUAUGAUUGUGAAGCGGAAAAUUCAGAUGAAUUAACAUUUAAUCGUGGUGAAAUUAUACAAUUAAUCGAUAGACCAGAUAAUGAUUGGUGGGAAGGUUUCAUUCAAUCAGAUCCUAGUCGACGUGGAAUGUUCCCAGUGACUUAUGUAAAGCGUUUAUCUGAUAGGUGA